UCAGCUGUUUGUUAUUGUGUACUUGCCUGUCUGACAUGGGGCGAUUCUCUUGACAGAAGAACACUUGCCUUUCACCAAGAGGGAAAAAAUAAUAAGCUACCUCAUUCGACGCAACCGUUAUGGUCUAUGGUCUAUAUUCAAUUGGGUUUUAGUAGGCUACAGUUUGGAUAUCAAUUUGACCGAAGGAAAAAUCCAAAGGCAGGCCUUUGGUGCACAUUGCUCUGAACAACUCCACACUUGCCACACAAAACCCCUUCCUGCCUCAACUACUUCCCCUGAGGAGACGAAGGGAUCAGGUGUGAAGGGCCUGAACAACCAGCCAGCAAGCUAACAAACCAACAAGUGGACCAGAUCAGUCAGAAAACCCCGACCCUCCUUUUCUGUCCAGCAACAACCUCACACACCCAGACUCCUAGCCAUGUUCCAGCGUCUUACAAGCCUCUUCUUCGGUAGUGCUGAGGACUCUUCCCCUGGAGUUCCGGUGCCCAGACCUCACGAGGAGGAUGAGGAGGAGUGGCAGCUCGUCAACAUCACUGAAGCAGACAUUCCCAGUGGGUCCAGCUCUCUGGCAGAUGUGGCAAUGAACCAGCCCAGCCUACCAGCGUGUCUUCCCCAGCCAAGCCAGGCCUCUGAGGAGAGUGCUGUUAGCCUCAUGAACAACACUAGCCUGGCAGAGGAAGAUGUGCCUCUUCCACUCAGACCCACGGCGGGUCGUCUGGUCCGUGGGCUGGCGUCGCAGGCUGGCGCCCUGGCUAAGGUCACACAGAUAAGCCGUGUGCAGCACGCGCAGGCACGGGCACACCGCUGCCACCUGGGCCGCAACUGCAUCCAGCGCCAGAACGGCACCCGGCAGAGGCUGCCCCGCCAUGCCACACGGCAACACCCAAAGAUGCUGCAGCAGCCGGGCCACCGCAACUUCUGCCACUGAGAAGAGCGAGAAGCACCACACACACACACACACACACACACACACUCAGCUUUUCUAGCAAGGAAGCUGUAAGCUGUAAGAAAGCGCAUAUACAACCCAGAUGCACUCACACACACAUAUUGCAUACGUACACACACACACACACACACACACACACACACAUUUUGGUUUAGGAGUUUCACAAAGUUGGAAAUAAAAACCUGCCUCAAACUCUUAAGCAUUUUGCACAGUUUACUCUUUGUUGUCAUUAAUCUGUUUCGAUCCAAUGUAGGCAACUUGAUUGUGUGUUUUUUAAAGAACGUGUUUUUGCUUGACUUUAAUGUGCCAUGUUUACAAAGAAUACAAAUUGUUUAAACCAUUAACCCACAGUACUGUCAUACAACGAGAACUGAGAGGAAUUGACAAGAUGCAAUUAUAUUGACAAACCAGGCAAUAAAUCGUGUUGUGCAGGGU